AUGUCUUCUCGAAAAGGAAAGGAGAUCGAUAAAAAGCGUACAGACUCCACUUCGAGCACUCAUACACGUAGGCCAUGUUCUGCAAAAGGCAGUGAUGGUAAAUGGUGUCCGGGAGAUGGAAAAUAUGAUAGUUCAAAGGGCAAGAUUUGCCGUGCUUGUUACGACAAAUUUCACUGCCAGGCAACAGUUGGCAAUGUAGCGUCUUCGUCAAAAAUACACGAGCGUUCAUCACAGAGAUCGUCACCAAGCGUCAGUCCACAUUCUUCUACAGCUCAAAAGCAUUCACAUCGGAUAAUCGAAGCCGGAACUCGAUCACACAAUGUUGGAGCACCGAGCAAUAAGGGAAAAAGACCUGCCUCGAGAACUCCUUCAAGCGAACCUCCAUCGCCCAAACGUUACCCAGUUUCACCAGAUCUAACAGGAUUUGGCAUAUCUGAAAGCCUAGAUUCCUCUUCGAGUCUUCAGGUUCCAGCUUAUGGACAAACGAGUUAUUCUGCAGAGUAUGAGCAAUACCAACCUCCACAACCUCCACAAAUACCAAAUCAUCCAAGGUCGCCCGAUGUAAGGGGACCUCACUCACCUGGCUCUCAAACAUUAGAACAUAGGCAACAACAAGGCUUGGCGGGAUAUGAAUCACAUAAACCCGGAGCCCACAUGGUAUCCACAGGUUUUACAGCACCCGAGACCGAACUCGCUCCUUGUACCUCUGCGACACGAGUGGUUGAACAACCGUUUACGCAGUCUCUUGAUGCUCAAAAAAUCCAGUAUCCGAACAGAGAGUAUGACGAAGGCGAUCUUUAUAGUGCUGAUACGCCUCCGCCGGAGAUCCGGCAGCCAUCAUCUCUGACGAGUGCACCUCAACGACGACCCCCUGUAGAGGUUUCCAAAGAUACUGCGUCUCAGCGAAAGUUUAGACCAUGGGAAAGCGGAUAUUCAAGUGAAACACAUAAUGAUAGCAGAUCGCAUCAUAGCACUACUACCGCUGGUGGUGAAGGCUCAUCGCGAUUCAACCGAAUGCCAAAAGUAUCUGAAAUUCAGUCGCAGAUGCGUUCGACAAGCAUCGAGGAUCCCAAUAUAAUUGCGACCUACAAUGUUAUGGGAAGCUAUGAUCAAAUGCCAUCUACAAGCCACGCUCCUUUGAGCUCUGGUGCUGGGCCAAGUUCUUCUCGUUUACCGGAAGUAACACAGGGGGUACUACAAGAUGAGCAUUGGGAAUAUGAAAGAAAACACUGGGACCUGAAUGAGUACGAAACACAACGGCAAUAUCUGGAUCGAUAUCUCGCAAGCAAUCCUAUAUCUGAGGCACCUGAAGAGCUUCGUGCCCAUCUUCUGUUUGCCAUGUCAUUUGGAGAGGGUCUGAUAUGCACUUAUUGA